AUGUGGCAUGAUGAUGGAAACCAUGCUGCUAUCAAGAGGAAAAACACUUUGACCAUCGUGCUUCUGGGACAGACAGAAAGUGGAAAGAGCGCCACUGGAAACACCAUCUUGAGAAAACAUCAUUUUCAAUCAAAUGCCAGUUCUGUGCCGGCAACACAGACGUGCCAAAUGGCAGAAGAAACUGUUUGUGGAAUUAAAAUCAGGGUCAUUGACACCCCAGAUUUCUUUGGCGAAGACCUAAAAAACCAACCAGAACAGAUGUGCAACAGAAAGAAGUGCAAAGAGCUCGCUCAGCCAGGGCCUGACGUGUAUUUACUGGUCAUGGAGAUUGGCCGAUACACAGAUGGAGGGGGAGCAAUAGUUCAGAACAUCCAGAGAGCGUUUGGUGUUGAAGUGGUAAAAGAAACCAUCGUUCUGUUUACUAGCAAGGAGAAAUUACGAGGAAAGACUGUAGCGGAGUACAUUAAAAACAUUGACACACAACUGCAAGAGCUGAUCCGAACCUGUGGGUCAAGGUGUCAUGCAUUUAACAACAAUGACCACAGUGUUUCACAGGCUGAGAGACUGAUAGAGACUGAAAAAAGACUGCAGAGUUCAGUAGACACUUGCAAACGGUUGUUCAAAUCUGAUUGUCUGAUUCUGUGA